GUUAAGGACAACCAAGUGCUUGCAAGUGCCAUGUCUGAAACGAAAGAGUGAAAGAGAAAGAGCUUUCAACAAGAGUGAGAAGAGAUAACCAGAAUUUCCAUGUGGCUACCUGCCGCUUGCGCGUAAGCGUAGGUAAAUCGAGCAGAAAAACAGAAAACGAGAAAACGUCAAAUAUCAAAAUUGUACGAUAUUGCUGCACGGUUGUUGUCGAGUUGUACGAGUUAACAAUAAAAAUUAAACAAAUAUUGACAAAAUACGAUUAAGUGAUUAUCACUCUGGAGAGUUAAUAAAGAAAAAACUGCAGAAAACAGAUUUAAUUUUGGAUUCUGCUAGAAAAUAAAAUACUACAACACAAACAAACGUCCAAGUUUUGUUGGAAAUUAAAUUGUUUAUUUCAUUGUUAAAUUAUUUUGUUUAUUGUAUAUUUGCAGUUUAAAUAUUAAAAUAAAACAAUAAAAUAAAUUGUUUUGUGAAGUCAGACUUACUUUACCAGAAGAAAAUCAAUACAAUUAAUAUUUAUCCACAAUGUCUGGAGCAGUAUAUCAACCUACAACAAUUACCUACGAAUCAAAUGGUCCACAAGAAAGGUGGCAAGACAGACCAAUAAGCUAUUUAGCAUCAUCAGUAUCACAGAGUGCUAGAAGACCAUGUGGAAUAAGUUGUUUACCGUCCAGAAAUGUGCUUCCCAUAGUUCUUGUCUCGACAUGUGUUGCUUGUUUUAUUAUUGGACUGAUUAUGCUAAUACAGGGGGCAAUGGGAUACUCAGAAACAUCUGAAAAUAAAGAAGAUAUAUUCCUGGUUGUCACCAUAUUUGGAGCAGUAUUAUUUGCCAUAUCUAUUCUGCUGUUUGUCUUCUUCAUUCGCCUAACCAGACGAAUGUGUUGGAGGAACACUAAAGAUCAUUUGGAUACUUCUGGAGGUCAAGCUCUAACAGUUAAUCCUUCUACCGACCUUCUUGUGACAGCACAAUACGCUCCCGUUUCAGAAGUGGCUUAUCAACCUGCACAGCAAGAGGAUAGCGAGCAAAGCAAGUUGAUGCCUCAGGAGAACAAGGAUCUCAUAAAUGAAGAUACAGACCGCAUGGUUGAACGAGACCCAAGGAUCGUACUUCGUCCUCUUAAUACUCCAGCACAUGAAGAAACUUAAGAUUUAAACACAUUUACAUGUACACAGCUCUUCUAGCUUUAAGACUUCAGUACUUAUAUAUUUUGAAAACUUUCACUAUUUUUAACUUAGAAUAGAGAUUUUAUUUUCCAAAUAGAUAUCUAAUAAAUAGAUAGACAUGGAAGAAAAAUGGAAACAAGUACUUUGACGAGAUUAAUGAUUAGCCUGAUUUUUAUUUUACAUUAUUAAGAAAAAUGCAAAAAACAUUCCUAAAGAGUGAGAUUAAGAAACGGAAACAAAUUGUAUGUACAUGAUUAAGAAUAUAUUUUUUUGAGUCUCGUAUUUAAAGUAAAACGAGUAUAAAAAGGAUUACACCCUUGUUCAAGCUGUUUUUUUUUACCUGUACUACAUAACUAAUAUGCAUAUAAGUCACAAAUAAAAAGCAUGGUUUAUAUUAUAAGAUAUUAAUAAUGAAGCACAGUAAAGAACAGCUAGCAGCGGGAUUCUCAUUUGUUUUUUAAUUUCAGAAAUUAAUAUAGUCUUCAUUUAUAUUUUUCUAAUUCAUAUCCAGUUUUGAGAAAAACAUCAUUUUAGUCGCGAUUUUUAUACGUUAAAACAUUACGUUCUUAGUUUGAUAUGUGGCAACGUUGUCUAGAAAUUGACAAUAAUCUUGAAGGCUCUAACACCAGUAACUAAAACGGCGUCAUUUGUAGAGGAACCUGAGUGCUUACUUGACUUGUAGUGAUUGUACGAUUAUAAACAUUAUAUAGUAAUAAUUUGAGAAGGGUCUGAUUUAAAAACGUUUUUAAAUUUAGGUACUUGUUUUAAUUCGUGAUUUGUUUUAAUAAUAAUGCUAUAAGUGUUUUAAAAAAAUAUUUAGAAGUGACCUAAUCUAUUUAUGAAUUAUACAUGAACAUAUAAACAAUUUUUUUUUAUUAAUACGGAUUCAGUAUAUUUAACUUUUUAACUGUGCUGUGGCCUUAUGAGAAUGCCGAAAAAUAUUUUGUACCAAAUUGUUUAAAAUCAAUGGAUACUUAUCUGAAAAACUUUUAUAUUUGUGCUCAAACUUGAAUGUGGGCAAAUCGUGCUUUAAAGGGUGUUGUAAAAACAUAAAAAAAUACUGUUGUGCAGAUCACAACAACAGAAUACACACAGCACAACUGGUAGCUGAGUACAACGUUAGUAACAGUGAAAUCUCUCUCCUUUUCUCUUAACUAAUAGAAUAGGAUGAAAUCGAUUUUUUAAGUACAAUACUUGAACAGAAAAGAUAAAUCUCUAAGAAACAAACUUACACCUUUGCCACAUAUCUGAUUAGGA